UUAAUCCACGCAAGCCACGUCGAGGAUUCGCGUCCCCCGAUUCAUCGCCUCACGCACACGUCGCGUCGUCGAACAGAGGCGAGGCCAAGCGCCCCGACACGGACCGACACCCUCGCGAGCCCCCAGAGCUUGGCGUGCACGUCCUGCACGCACGGCGGCAUUGAUUAGCCGAGCCGCGGGUCAGCCCCUCCGAGGUCGCCAGCGAAAAAAAAAAGGCCUGCUUCCCCCGCCUCCAUCGUCGACCUAUUUAUAGGGUUGACCGACUUGCCGCAAGCGAUCAAGGCAGCCGAGUCGGGCAGCACCGCCGUCCCAGAACGCGAUCUGCAGCCGCAGCGAGCAAGUUCUGCCACGUCGUCUCCAGAAGGUGACGCCAUGCCUCAGGUGCGAUCGCACCCCAAGGAGGGCUCAAUGGUCAGUGCAUCGCAGCGUCCCAUGCACUACCCGGAGUCGUCUGCUACCACCGACCUGUCGGACCUGGUAGAAAUGACCCUUCCACAGCUGACCAAGCCCGCCCCGGACUUCUGCGGUACCGCUGUGAUCGACGGCGAGUUCAAGGAAAUCAAGCUGUCGGACUACAAGGACAAGUACCUGGUCCUCUUCUUCUACCCGCUUGACUUCACCUUCGUCUGCCCCACGGAGAUCAUCGCCUUCAGCGACCGAGCGGAUGAGUUCCGCAAGAUCGGCUGCGAAGUAGUUGCCUGCUCCACCGACAGCCACUUCUGCCAUCUUGCAUGGAUCAACACGCCCCGCAAGCAAGGUGGUCUUGGCGAGAUGAAGAUCCCACUUCUGGCUGACAAGACCAGCAAAAUCGCCAGAGCCUACGGUGUUCUGAAGGAAGAUGAUGGUGUUCCCUUCCGCGGCCUUUUCAUCAUCGACAACAAGGGCCUUCUGCGCCAGAUCACGAUGAAUGACCUCCCUGUCGGCCGCUCUGUGGACGAAACUCUCCGGCUUGUCCAAGCCUUCCAGUACACCGACAAGUAUGGAGAAGUUUGCCCCGCCAACUGGAAGCCUGGAGGUGACACCAUGAAGCCCGACCCCAAGGGCAGCAAGGCCUACUUUGCAAAAACUGACCACUGAGUACCCUCUUCCACAGCUUCAAGCCAAAGCCCACUGUUGUUCCACUCCAUGUCCAUGCGUGACACUGUGCUUCAUGUAAAGUAUUAAAAUAACAUUUUUCAUA